GGAGUGUGCCGAUCUUCUUUUUUCUUCUUCUCCUCCUCCUCCUCCUCCUCCUCCUUCUUCUUCUUCCAAGACAUUUGUUGAAAAGCAAAAAAGUAGAUUAGUUUAAAAAAGAAAAGAAAAAGAAGAAGAAGGGGGGAACAAAGUUGUCAGCCAGGCGACAGGAGAGCUUCAGAGAGAGUUAGAGUCACUGUUAAAGUUUUCUUCAGCAAUGAUCCAGUGAGUCUCUCUCCUCCCGACAACACGAGCACAGUCGGACCCGCAAUCAGAGAAAACACGGAGAAACCCGGAGAGAAGCUCGCUGCUGGACAGAGAUGUAGCGUGUGUGUUGGUGAGAUCGGCGGACCAUCAUGCACCUCUUCCUGCUGCUGAUCCUUCAAGCCACAGCAGCCUUCGGACAGAUCGACCCAGCACACUGUCGCUAUGCCUUGGGCAUGGAGGAUGGGCGGAUCAAAGACGCUGACAUCACAGCAUCCAGCCAAUGGUAUGAGACUACAGGACCACAGUACGCCAGGUUGAACCGUGAGGAGGGCGACGGCGCCUGGUGUCCUAAGGAACAGCAGGACUCUUCAGACAGUCAGUACCUGCAGGUGAACUUGGGUAAGCUCACCUUCCUGACGGUGGUCGGGACUCAGGGACGAUACGCCAGAAACUCCGGGAACGAGUUCGCCCGAGCUUACAGCCUCAACUACAGCAGGGACGGCGUGCUGUGGAGGGCGUGGAAGAACCGCCUGGGAAACACCGUGAUCGAGGCCAAUAAGAACGCCUACGCCUCAGUCAUCAACGAUCUUCACCCGCCGAUCAUCACCCGCUACGUCCGUCUGAUCCCCAUCACCAGACUGUCCACCGCCGUCUGCAUGAGGGUGGAGUUGUACGGCUGUCCCUGGGACGAAGGUCUGAUCUCGUACAGCGCUCCGGAGGGUCAGGUCAUGAUGCCGCCGAGUUCUCCCAUCGCCAACCUCAACGACUCCACGUAUGACGGCACACGUGAGAGGAGGAGGCUGUUUGGUGGGAUGGGACAGCUGACGGACGGCGUGAUCGGCCAGGACAACUUCCUGCGGACGCGUCAGUACCACGUGUGGCCGGGCUACGACUACCUGGGCUGGAGGAACGACUCGCUGGGAACUCUGGGAUACGUGGAGAUGGAGUUUGUGUUCGACCAUCAGAGGAACUUCACCUCCAUGAAGGUCCACAGUAACAACAUGUUCUCCAGCGGUGUGAAGAUCUUCUCCUCCGUCUCCUGUUUGUUUAAGCCUCACCUCAACGCCGACUGGGAGACCGAGCCUGUGGCGUUCAAGACGGUGCUGGACGACAGAAACCCAAGCGCCCGUUACGUCACUGUGCCCCUGAACCGCCGCGCCGCCAGAUCCCUCCGCUGCCAGUUUCACUUCGCCGACGUCUGGAUGAUGUUCAGCGAGAUCUCCUUUCAGUCAGAGGACACCAUACUCCCAACCCAGAUGACAUCACCUACAGCCAGUGAGGAGAGCACCACAAUGAUCACAACAAAGACAGCAACCAGUCCAUCAGCCACCGACCAGCCAGAUGUUGAGAACACGGCCAUUCUGAUUGGCUGCCUGGUGACCAUCAUCCUGCUGUUAGUCAUCAUCAUCUUCCUCAUCCUCUGGUGCCAGUACGUUUGCAAGGUGCUGGAGAAGGCUCCUCGUCAGAUCUUAGAUGAGGAGGUGACGGUUCGGCUGUCGUCCUGCAGCGACACCAUAAUCCUCCAAACCCCCCCUGUACCCCCCAGGUCUGGACACGCCUCUGCAGGCUUGACUAACACGGACCCUCAUUAUGAGAGAGUUUUCCUGUUGGACCCGCAGUACCAGAACCCGGCGGUGCUGAGAAACAAGCUGCCGGAGCUGUCACAGAGCGCCGAGGCCUCAGCGUGUGGAGGAGGCUACGCCGAACCUGACAUAACUCAGUGCACGCCACACCAGUGUUUCCAUAGCAACGCGCCACACUACGCAGAGACGGACAUCGUGCGGCUGCAGGGCGUCACCGGCAGCAACAUGUACGCUGUUCCUGCCCUCACCGUGGACUCGCUCACCAGGAAGGACAUCUCCGCCGCUGAGUUCCCACGACAACAGCUGAUCUUCAGAGAGAAGCUGGGGGAGGGGCAGUUUGGAGAGGUCCACCUGUGUGAGGCCGAGGGACUCCCAGAAUUCCUCGGGGAGGGGUCGCCCCUUCCCGAUAGAGACGGCCACUCAGUACUGGUGGCUGUUAAACAGCUGAGAGCCGACGCCACCAGCCAAGCCAGGAACGACUUCCUAAAGGAAAUAAAGAUCAUGUCUCGUCUGAAUGACCCCAACAUCAUCCGUCUUCUGUGCGUGUGCGUGUCGUCCGACCCACUGUGCAUGGUGACGGAGUACAUGGAGAACGGAGACCUCAACAUGUUCCUGUCACAGCGGGAGAUCGAGAGCACGCUGACACAUGCCAACAACAUACCUUCAGUCAGUCUGUCCGACCUCCUCCACAUGUCGGUGCAGAUCUCGUCGGGUAUGAAGUACCUGGCGUCUCUGAACUUCGUGCACCGUGACCUGGCCACCAGGAACUGCCUGCUGGACCGCCGCCUUACCAUCAAGAUUGCCGACUUCGGGAUGAGCAGGAACCUGUACAGCAGCGACUACUACCGCAUCCAGGGCCGGGCGGUGCUGCCUAUACGAUGGAUGGCCUGGGAGAGCAUCCUGCUGGGUAAGUUCACCACAGCCAGCGAUGUGUGGGCGUUUGGUGUCACCCUGUGGGAGAUCUUCACUCUGUGUAAGGAGCAGCCCUACAGCCUGCUGUCCGACGAACAGGUCAUAGAGAACACUGGCGAGUUCUUCAGGAACCAGGGUAGACAGAUCUUCCUCUAUGCUCCACCACUCUGCCCUCCCUCUCUCUUCGAGCUGAUGAUGCGUUGUUGGAGACGCGACAUCCCCGACCGACCCUCAUUCGAGGGGCUCUACCAAGCUCUGAGGCCCCAUGUCAACCAGUGAGCCAAGGCCGCUGGGAUGUACCACUCGGGCUUUCCUCGGUGGCGGGUUUGUCCAUCUCUGGACUUCUGUAAGAUGACAGACUGACAUGAGAAGACAGAAGGAUUGAAUUGCGUUACGAUAGCGAGUCGCUGUCAGAGGGAAUCAGGUCUGUGGGCAGAAGGUUGGUUAGUGUCGCUGAAUUAGCAGCACACUAUUCUGAGAGACAAGAAAGAGAUGGAUGGAAGAGAGGCUGGUCAACUUAGCGGAGAAACACUUUACAGGAUCCAAACCUUUGAUUUCUAAGCUUCUAAAGAUUUCUGUCAUUGAUGAUUUCGCAGUUUUAUCCAUCUCUUUUCAUUUGAGCUGUUCAAAGACCAAAACUUCUUGUCGGACCUUUCGACAUAUCUCAUUUUCAUGUUGCUAUGGUACCAAAGGUGCCGUAAACUUUAUUUUCUUCCUCACUUUGGCCUUUAAUUAUGCCAAAUACUGGACAUACUUCAGCUUCAGUCUUGGUAGUUUCUCCUGUCCCUGUGGUUUUUAUUAUUAUUGUAAAGCACUGUGUCUGUGUCUCUCAGUUAUUCGUGUUCAUAUAUUAACCCACACUGGAGCUAGGGCUAGGGUCAAAUUGUAGUGUAGGAUUUUAUUUUUAGAUUUUUAUUCUAUUUUAUUUUCCUUGGUUUACCGUAUUUCUGUUUUGUUGGUCUUUUUUGUGGAUAUGAAUGUUUGAGGCUGCAUUGAAACCUGUGUGGUUCACAGACUGAGGAUCAGUCCGUGGGUAACUGUGGGCAAAUAUUGAUUUGAGGCACAUUGAAACCAAAUAAGAAAAAACCAAGUGUUAGCAUUAAAACAAUUACAUAAUUAUGAUAGAAAUUGUAAAACUCCUAAACAUUAAACCAUUAACUAACUUAUCUACCACUUGGUGGAUGCGUUAAUUUAAAGUGCCUUACAUUUGUAGCAUGAGUUGUACCAAUGGGAAAGAUGCCACGACAACGGGUACUGCAAGUCGGUAGAGUUAUCAACUAAAUAUCUAAUAUCAAGGUAUCACUUUACCCGUGUCUGUGUUUGUACUCGGGCAUCUAAAAUGUUUGUCAAGUGUGUUUAUGUCCAUGUUAGAGCCCGUAAACCUGUAGGUGAAUAUACUUUUUCUCCAUUAGCCCUGCCCUGCCUUGAUGUGGAUAGUCGCGCCAAAGACAAGCCAGCUGGCUUAAAUUCUUCAAUCGUCAAGUCAGUAAAGCUUUAGGACUAGAAUAAGAAAACAGUGAAACCAUUGUCAGAUUUCAAAUUAAGAUAUAUGUUCCUCUACAAACAGAAUCAUGGCAUUUGCAGCAACUCCUAGGCUUAGUUCACAGUAAAGACACUGUAGCAUUGCCACAAGACUAGCACGACCAGAAACACUACAGGGCAAGCAACAGUUGGACCUCCUUUGGACAUUUCCUCUUUAAAAACCUAGUUAAAUCCUUUCCUUUUGCCAAAAAUGAGACAUGGUCAGGUUUGUCUGGGUUGUCCGAGCCAAAGAGGGUUGCUAAAUGUUUUUCUGCAUGUCUUAUAGUUCUUGUCCUAUAGUUCCUGUCAUAGUUCUCAUACUAGUCUUGAAGCUCCGGUCAAGCAAACUCUCUGGCUAGCUAUCUAAUGAGCUUGCUAGUUGUCAAGAAUUAUUUUCAAUGAGGUUAACCUGGGUUUUAAGAUAUGCUUCCUACUCUGCUUGAUGAUAAAUCCUCUAGCUAACUACUGCUACCAGUAAAACUACCAGUUGGGGUUUGGGGAUGUUUUGAUCAAAUUUGGCUUGGUUCACCACUGGUUAGCUAUCUGCAUACUUAUUAUCCUACAACUGAUCGUACUAAUGUUAUGCUGCGUUCAUGUUAUGUUGAAUGGAUGGGAAGGCUCGGAAAGAUUCACGUUAAGGACUUGCGAACGUCAAUAUCAUCAGACAACUCAGGAAGGUUGUAUAAUAACUGAUUUGGUGAUAUGAGGGUUCAAAACACUGUGCGUUGACAAAAUCAUGUUAUAGCCAUUAUACUUGGGUUUAAUUACAUUUAAUGGCAGAGUUUGAUUGUUAGUUUGGUUUUAAGGCACUUCAAUAUUAUUAAAGUAGAUAUAUCGGAGCUUUCCGAAAAAUAUCAGUUUCAGAUCCCAAAUAAAGAGUAUUAAAUUGGAUGUGCAGUCCAACACAUUGGCCAUUUGGUUAGGUAAAUCGCAAUGCAUGUGCUAAAUCAACAUAUUAAUGCAUUUUCUCCUCUCUGUAUUUUGCACACUAGGCUAAAAACGCCCUAUAUUGCAUAUUCAUUAUGGCAAAUGUACUAAAUGGACAAGUCGUAUUAUCUUGCACAUUUGAAAGACACGGUCCUCAGUGCACCCGAAUAGUUGAUCAGCUUGCAUGUUUUUUUUGGUGGGUGAUACAAGUUUACACACAUAAUACCUUUAAUAAAUCAGGCCCUACGUGCAGUAACUCUGAUAUGAUAUGAACAAGGCAUUAGCUAGCUAAGUUCAGCUGAUUACAGAACAGCUGAUGACACCGUUAAGAGCAAAACUGGACUAGCUAUUCAAUUUUUCUGAAAAAUUAAGUAUGGUAGAUUAUCACCUGUAUUUUAAUGGAUAUGACGACUAUAUUUUCCACAUGUAACUACUGGUGUUUGAUUAUCAGGAUGUAUUUAUUGGCAUAAAUAUCCAAACAGUGAUAUGCUAGCUACAGUAGCUCCCCAACUGACCCUGCUAGUAGGCACUUUCUCACUCAGCUCUAGCGCCACAUAUUUCACAAUGACACAUUAAUAUCUUCAGUCAACUUUAACAUCUCAUGCAUAAAGGUGGUAAAGCACAUUUUCAUCAUUUUAUGUCCGUUCUUUUUAUGUGUAAGUCAGUGUGCAGUAUAAAUAUAAGCAGUAUAUGUGUUCAGUACUUUGAAUCCUCCCUAAGAACAAAAUGUAAAAUGGCGCAAACCAACAUAACCUUCACAGGAAAGAGGGAGAAAGACCAAAUCUGUUUAGUUUGAGUGCAUCUUUCAGUGUUUUUGUUGUUACAGUAGUGUUUUGUUAUCUGUACUGUAUCUUCUGUGAGGGUGUGUGUGCAUGCAAGCGUGUUUAAGAGGAAAUGAGUUUCGUGAAUGAGUGUUUUCGACAUUCCUUUGAGCACUGGGAGCUAGUUGGGAUUAAAGUGGUUAACCAGAGUCGCUCUGUCGUGCCAAAUGAUGUGAUUAAAUGCGGGAGAGGGGGAGUUAAAGGACAGGAAGUAAGGAAACCACUAAAACUCAAUCUCCCAGAGUCCUUUGCUACAGUGAGCCUGUGUAUUUUGUUCUGGUUCCAUUAGAGAGACAGAGAGUCUUUUAGUUUGAUAGUGUACAGUAUACGUGAUCUAUAAUAUCUCAGUGUGUGAAUGCAGAUUAGGUGUGAUAAUUGUUAUUGAUAAUUGAUUAUCUAUCAGAAUUUAUAGUAGCUAUUUCUCUGGUUAUUUCUAUUCUGGGAAGGUGUUGGGUUUUUUUUGUUUCUUGGGUUUUUUUGCAACAGGAAAUCAGCAGUUUUGAACAUUUCCAGUCGAGAUGUCGUGUUUGUUUUCCUGCUGUGAUAUCUCUUCAUUUCUCCUCCACACUGUUUGAUCUUCAAUAUUGUUUCAGACAUUCAGUAUAUUGUACAUAGGCUAGUAGCUGUGUAUAUUAAUAUAUUGGGAGCUGGGAAUUUUAUUGUUCUGUCGUCCCAAGUCAUUUUCACUCUGUACCCUUUCAUGUCUUGGUUUGUUUUUCUUAUAAUAAACAGUACAUUUUGUUAAACAGAA